AUGGAGGACGAACAGAAUGCCGCCCUGCAUCUUGGCGGUCUCGCCCUUGGCAAUGUGCUCCGAGACCUCGGUAUCGAUGAGCAGCACCAGUCUGAUCUCGAACGUCUCGGCAUCGCCUCGGGCAGUGGCAGGAUCAAGCAGGAAGACAUCUACAAUGACAGAUUUGCGGACGACGACAACGACUUUGGCGGCGACGCAUAUCACCGCAAUGGCGCCUCCUCCAAAGACUGGGAGACAGAGGUCGACGAUGAGAUGAGGCGCGAGCGGGAUGGUGAACACGACGCCGAGGAACGAGCCGAGCUUGACAGGUACUACCGACAAGGCUUGGCACAGCUCGAACAGCCAAGGGCACCGCUUCGAGGAGAGGUCGACGACUUCGACGAUGAUGCGAGCGAGGAAGACGAAGACGUGCCUCUUUCACAACAGCCUUCGCUGCCUCAGGCGAAUGGUCAUUCAACGCAGGCCAACGGCUUCUCACGGUUCGGCGAAGGCAUGAUCAAGGUCAAGGAAGAACGCGACGAUGACAGCGACAUGGCAUUCUUGUCGGCGCCUCCGCACUCCUCGUCCAGCGCCGCUCCACCAGGGCGUGCGCCCUUGCUCCUACCAACCGCUCAAAGCUCACGGCAGGACUCGCCGCAAACACCGCCUCAAUCCCAACAGCCGUAUAUGUCGGGUGCGCCGCCUGCCCGCCCUUUCGUCGAUAUGGAAGAAGUCAAGCAACACUUUCCCGACUUUGAGCCGGGAAAGAUCCUCAACUUCACCGAGCUCUUUGCCACACGACCCUCAAAGAAGCGCAAGCUCGGUGCUCCAUCCGCCAAGUUCCACAUCACCCCAGAAGAUGAGCUGCCGAUACCCAAGUCGACAAGGGAGGAAUUGGUACGGUCCUCUGUCGUCCGUCCCCACCAUGCGUCCAUCCUUCCUGGUCUCACCAGCGAGCUGGACCCUUCUGCAACUGGUGCUCGUCGGACGGAUGCAGCUGACGAUGAGAUCGAGCUCGCCGUCGUUUCAACUCCGGACGUCAAAGCUGAGAAACGCAGCGCCGCUCUGGCGCCUGUCGAGCUCGAUGACUGGGAAGAUCGCAUCGUUUGGGAUCCAUCGAAUCUUGCUUCAACAAUGCCAGAGGUUACUAUCGACGUGAAGGCCGAGUUGUUGUCGGAGCCUUUGGCUACACUUGCACCGCCAGCCAUCGACAAGCCCUUCAACCACGAUCUCUUCAGGGGUGCAUGGACUCGCAGUAUCAUAUGGGACGCACAUACAACCUUCGAGGCUUUCGACAAGCUGGUCCUCGACAUGAACGACCCGCAGAUGAUGCUAGAGGAGGACCUCGGGCCGAAGACCAAACAGAACUCCCUUCUGCGUUCCGACGCACCUGUUGUCUCCGCAGCUGCCCAGCGCGAUCUCGCAAGGCGUCAAGCAGAACUCGAUCCACUCAAUCUGUCGAACGACAAGUUCUACGAGCAGACGCGUGAGCACCGCCAACGUGUUCGUCAGACGCUCGGAAAGCUCGUCGUCCAACAUGCAUGGCCUGCCAUCAAAUUGCAGCUACCUUGGUACAAAACCAAGCUUACAAAAGCAGAAGCGAGAUCGUUCCAUCGUCCCGCCAUGCAGUUCCCCACCAACAUGCCCCUCCACUUCUCCAAGACCAUCUCGUCCAAGAAGAAGAAGGAAGGCGCCGGCGCACGCAAAGCCAAAGAUCCGAACGAGAUGCUUCGCACCACGCGAGACCUGACGCUCAAGGACACUGGGCCCUACGUGCUGUACGAGUAUUCGGAGGAGUAUCCGCCGCUCCUCUCGAAGAUUGGUAUGGGCAGCCUCCUCGUCAACUACUACCGCAAGAAGGACGCCAAGGAUGAGCAUGUUCCGAAGAUGGACAUCGGAGAGCCCUACUUGCUUGACGUGGCGGAUGAGUCGCCUUUCAUGAAAUUUGGCAAUAUCGAGCGAGGACAGGUGCAGCCGACGUUGUACAACAACAUGAUCCGCGCGCCCCUCUUCCGCCACAAGCCCGCCCAUACGGAUUUCCUCCUCAUCCGGAGCACUACCAAGAACGAGAUCCGCUACUAUCUGCGAGAGAUCCGCAACCUCUUUGUUGUCGGCCAGACGUACCCGGUCCAGCAAAUCCCAGGACCUCACGCCCGUCUCAUCACCAACAACAUCAAGUAUCGCCUCCAGAUGAUCGCGUACAAGCUCAUUCAGAAGAGUCAGCGACAGCGUAUCAAGAUCCACCGUUUGAUGCGCUACUUCCCGGACCAAAACGAGCUGCAGAUGCGACAAAGGCUCAAGGAGUUCAUGGAGUACAACCGCAAGGCAGGCGACGUCAAUCAGGGUUUCUGGAAGCUCAAGCCACACAUUGUCGUGCCAGAGGAAGCCGAGCUGCUCAAAAUGCUGCCACCGGAGAACAUCUGUCUCGCUGAAAGCAUGCAAGUCGGUCAGCGACACUUGCUCGACUGCGGUUACACAAAUACUGCCGAGGGGGACGACGACGACGAGAGCAAGAUGGACAUCGAGCAGCUGCUUGCGCCCUGGAUCACCAGCAAGAACUUCUUGAAUGCUACGCAGGGCAAGGCCAUGCUCAAGUUGCACGGCGAUGGUGACCCGACCGGCCGCGGCGAAGCUUUCAGCUUCAUUCGAGUCUCGAUGAAGGAGAUCUUCGUGCGAGCCGGCGAAGACGUGGAAGAACGUCUCGCACAAGCCGAAGCAGACGCCAAGAAGAAGUCAGGUCAUAAGUACAGCGUCGCCGAACAGCAGGCGGUCUACCGAUCCGAGAUAGACCGUAUUUGGAGAGCACAGUGUCGAUCGCUGUCCAAUCCGGUGCCGCCAAAGGUGACCGCGGAGGACGAACGACGUGCGCUUUUGGCAGCCAACGGAGGAAAGCCCGACGCUCCUCGCAACGGCGGUCGGGGCGAGUCUGUCCGUCGAGACCGCAGUCCGAGCACCAUGAGCACGGUCAACGGCGAUGGUGCGGACAAGUCGAACAAGAUCCUCCGCAUUCGCCGCUUCAUCAACGGCAAGUGGCAGCGCGAGAUGGUGCGCGAUCCAGCCGUCAUCAACGCCUAUCUCACACAACGCAAGAAGAUCGAGGACGAAGCCAUCGCCACCGAAGACUUGCUGCCGACCGGCGACGCAGCCAUCGACAUGGCGCGCAUGAAGCGACUGCAGGAGGAGCUCGCACAGCGCAAGAAGAACCAAGAACGCCGUAUCCAGCGCAAGAACGCCAAGGCCGCCGCAGAAGGUCUCGCGAUCCCAGGCGGCUAUAAGAGCUUGCUCAACAAGACCGACACCAAGCGACGCUGCGGUCGUUGUGGAGAAGUCGGUCACAUGUCGACCAACACUUCUUGCCCCAUGUUCCAGAAGGACGGCGGCAAGAAUGGAGCAGGUGGAGCGGCAGGUGGGAGCGGCGCAGGCACACCGGGCACCCCAGCCGGCGGAGGAAGGCCAGGAAUGCCUCAUCUGGCCAGUGGAGGCGGCUUCUUUGGUCCUGGUAUGGCCAUGGGAAUUGGAAUCGGCAGCGCAGGACCGAUGACACCUAUGACUCCAACAGUGCAGACGCCAGGAGAGUCUCGGGCGCCUUCGGAGAGCCCCGCUCCAGGCAGUGGCACGCCGACGCCAGGGCUCAAGUUGAAGCUCAAGAAGAAGGCUUAA